AUGCAGAGAAAGAAGCUGCCAAAAAGCUCUUCUAGCAAUGUUUCUUCGAACAAUAGCAGUCUUGUGAACGAAAAACGGUGUAAGUUAUAAUUACAAUGUGAUGAAAAUACUGCCUUUAGUAACAUCUGAACGUUCUUCCGCUCGGCGUUUCAUAUUCACUGUGACCAUCGUAUUCCUUCUGCUGGGCCUUACUUUAAUCGGACUUGGCGGCGCCAUCCAUUACCGCGUUAUCUCUUUCCAAUCAUCCCCAUCAUAA